GAGGGCCGUAUCGGAUCCAGACUAGCUUUCCGGUCUCUGUCGGUGGUGCAGGUCACUCCCUCCGUGCUGUCAGCAGCUCUACGCGGUUCAAACUUGCAGUCGCACUGAGUCGCUCUGUUUCUGUCGUCUCUGUUAUUCAGGUUUUUGAAUUUCUUAAAGGGCAAACUGUGUUUAGUAAUGUGUUAAAGUCUGUGGUGCGGCGGCUCUCUACCGGGAGGAAUUACCGUGUUUUCUUCGCUUUUAGUCGGAAAGCAGCGGGAGGAAAUGUCCAGCUGAGGAUUGGAAAUCCUGAAAACCGCAGGGCCUGUGUUUGUAAUGAUUGAUCAAUGCUUCGACAAUGGCAGUAAAGGCACAGGUUUUAUAUGACUUCACUGCUGAGCCUGGAAACAACGAGUUGACGGUGAAAGAAGGCGAGACAAUCAUAAUCACCAAUCAGCAUAUUGGAGGUGGCUGGAUCGAAGCACAGAACUCCAGAGGGGAGGUUGGAUUGGUGCCAGAAGACUACAUAGAGUUCGGUAAGCCGACGCCAUCAUUCCCAGGAGCAGCAAGCACCACAGCACCUACUCCAAGUGUAGGAAAUGUUGCAUCUGCGGACCUGUCCUUCUUUGAUGCCUACGCUCCCGCAUCAGCGCCUGCACAAAACCAGGUGGAUGCUGGGGGCUUGAGUCCCCAGCCGGACACCCCUGACACCCCAGUUUCCCCCUACCUUUCGUCCCCUGAUGAGGCUAGUAAUGGUAAUGAUCCCUGGUCGGUGUGGAACGCAGACCCCUCGGGGGGCUCCUCUAACAAUUGGGCAUCCAAUCCAGAGGGCACCCAGACUGGGAAGACUGCUGCCGCUGACCCCUGGGGCUCCGUAUCACAGGGUCACCCUCAGGCUUACCAGGGUCCAGGAGCAGAGGAUGAUGAGUGGGAUGAUGAGUGGGAUGACAUGAAGUCUACUGGAGGUUACAAUGAAUCAGAAUCUGGAGAAAGUGGCGCCAUGCAGAGAGGCGGAGCUCAUGCAUCUUCAAUGAAAAUCUCCCUCAACAAGUUUCCUGGGUUCUCCAAGUCUGGGCCAGAGCUCUACCUUCUAUGCAAGCAGAUUUCUAAGGGCAAAGACAAGCUAACGAUUUAUUUAGGAGAAGUUGGUCCGGUGUGGUCAUACCCAGAAACCCAGCUAGACUGCGUGGUGGCUGAUCCCAAAAAAGGCUCAAAGAUGUACGGUCUCAAGAGCUACAUCGAGUACCAAAUCACUGCCAGCACCACAAACCGACCAGUCAAUCACAGAUACAAACACUUUGAUUGGCUGUAUGAGAGGCUCUUGGACAAAUUUGGGUCAGCCAUCCCCAUCCCCUCUUUACCAGACAAGCAGGUAACAGGACGGUUUGAGGAAGAGUUUAUUAAGAUGCGUAUGGAGAGGUUGCAGGGCUGGAUGAGCAGGAUGUGCAGGCACCCGGUGAUUUCCGGCAGUGAAGUAUUCCAGCUUUUCCUCACCUACAAGGAUGAGAAGGACUGGAAGAUGGGAAAGAGAAAAGCAGAGAAAGACGAGACAGUAGGAGUGAUGAUCUUCACCACGAUAGAGCCUGAAGCUCAGGACUUGGAUCCUGUAGAAGUUGAACAGAAAUGUGAGCAGUUCAGCAGGUUUACAAAAGCCAUGGAUGACGGGGUGAAAGAAAUCCUCACAGUGGGCAAUGAGCACUGGAAGAGAUGCACAGGCCCUCUGCCAAAAGAGUACCAGAGAAUCGGCAAAGCCUUCCAAAACCUCUCCUCUGUGUUCACCAGCAGCGGAUACCAAGGUGAGUCAACCCUGACUGACGCAAUGACAGCAGCGGGGAAGACAUAUGAGGAGAUUGCUCAGAUGGUGGCAGAGCAGCCCAGGAAAGACCUCCACUUCCUUAUGGAGACCAACAAUGAAUAUAAGGGUCUGCUUGGAUGCUUCCCGGACACCAUUGGAGUCCAUAAGGCAGCCAUAGACAAGGUGAAGGAGGCUGACAAGUUGGUGGCCACCAGUAAAAUUACCCCUCAGGACAAAGUCACGAUGGCUAAACGAGUCAGCACCAUGUCUUACGCAUUGCAAGCUGAGAUGAACCACUUCCAUAGCAACCGGAUCUAUGACUACAACAGGGUCAUGCAGUUGUACCUGGAGGAGCAAGUCAAGUUUUACGAGACGAUUGCUGCAAAGCUGAGACAAGCACACAGUCAGUUCACUACAAUGUGAAAGCAACGGCCGGCGGUCUCGCACUACAAGACAAGAAGAGUUUAACCAGCUCAACAUCCAAAUUAUUCUCGCUUAUACUGCAUUCUUUUCCCUCCCUUUAAUUUAAAUUUCACUUCUCUCUUUCUCUCGCUCUUACCUCAUCUCUUCCUUUCUGCUCAUGCCAGCAGUCCCAGCUUGUAGUUUUACUUUUGUCCGCUGCUCUCGGAGGUUUAUGAACUCCAAUGAACAUGUGCGACAGCUGAAAAAACAGUGAUGGCAGAAUAAAACACAUUAUUUACAGACAAGCCUUCCUCUGUCUGAGGUCCUCAGCUUGUGUCACAGGAAGUAAACAGUUUGUAUCCACAAAAUUGCCUCAUUGCAUGAGUCAAAGCCCAGAUAUCUCUAAUGUGAUACACAUUUUUGUACAGCUAUGAGCACGAACAUGCCUGUAGCCACAUUAUAUCUACCUAUUUUGAAGCAAUACUCCACAAUUCUUCAAACAUCAUUCCAAAGGAUAUACACAUCUACACAAAGCCAUUUGCCCCUCUGUCAUUAAAGACAGAUGGGGGUUUGAUUUCUGAGCAGCAUGGACAGCGAAUCAGAGCUUUACUGUCUUGGCCAAUAUUGAGUGUAUUUUAAUUUUUUCUACCAUCAAGAGAGUCCUAACAUUGUCAGUAAUGGCAGUGGAGCAUCCCUUUUAAGAAAGCAAGUCUUAGAUGAGUUUUCAAAGGCAUAGUGUGUGUCCUCUGUAUGUCAACUGCUGGCUGUGCCUAGCCCUUCAUCCUGCACUUCCUCAAAAGCUAACAGGAAGCCCCACCCCUGUCCUAUCUUUCCCACGUGCCUUGCCCCUUUGAGGAAAAAAAAAAAAAAAGCUCAACGUAGUUGCCCCCAGGCCUGCAUACCAUGACAUUUCAGUUUACAUUUCAGGAGAGAAGGGCUUAUUAUUUUACACAUUGUAUGUUAAAGCCAAAAGUCAGCGACUUAAUAUCGAGUUUAGUCUGUUCCAAACAUAAUUUCUCUCUCCCAGUACUCCUGAAGAAUGUUUGUCCAUUUUUUGACCAGAUUAUGGUGUUUUUAUAUGAAGGUGUCAACUUUAAGAAUCUGUACUAUAUAAGAAGUGUUUGGGAAAGAGCCAUGGAUUAUGUCAUGUAUGCAGUUUUGCUUUUGCUUUUCACCGCUCAUUUUUCAAUCAAUCUCUAAUCUUGUUCACCCUUUGUUUUCUUAUCACUUGAUACAUAUAUAUAUAUAUAUAUAUAUACAUAUAUAUAUAUUCUAUUGAACCUAUCAGGUGCUUCUUGUCAUUGAGAUACUAUUUUAUGUAUAGAAGUAUUUGCAAUACAGUGUAACUCAGAAAGAGGAGCAAAAAUUCUGUUUUGAUUUAUUAAACAAUGAUUUGUACUCAU